GGAGCUGAUACAUCUAGGAAUGGAAAACUCCGAACCAGGGGUCCCUGUUUUUCCAAACUUGGAAAUUCUAUGUCUGCAAAAAUGUGGCAGAUUAGAGAAUCUAGCUUCAACUUUGAUAUCCUUUCGGAAUCUAACCAGUUUGGCCAUACGGUUUUGUCAUGGACUGCAAUACUUAAUACCUUAUUCUGUGGCGAAGAAUUUGCAGCAACUCAAGGAGUUCGAAGUUGAGUCCUGUGAAAGAAUGGUUGAAAUAGUAGUGAGCAACAGAGAUGAUCCAGAAAAUGAGAUUACUUUCAGUUGCUUGCAACAUUUGAAACUUUUUGAUCUACCAAGUCUGCAAGGAUUUUGCACUGGAAAUUACAUUUUCAAGGUCCCAUCCUUACCGUCCAACAAUUUGAUUGUCGAGAAGUGCCCGUUGAUUGAGUUAACGAUUUCUCUUGAUGGGUUACUCCAAAGUGAUCCAAGACCAGAAAGACUACAAAUAGCAGAGGAAACUGAUGAUGUACAAAAGCUAGGUGAUUCAAAGGAGAAUGAAAGUGAUCAAAUCGAGCAGCUGGUGAUCGCGGAUUCAAAUGUAGAUGUUACAAUUGCAAGACUCUCUGCCAAAAAGGAAUCCUCAUCUUUUGCCUGGCGUGUUAAGGUUUUCCGAUUGUGUGCGAUUGCAUGUUCGUGUGUUAUUUUCCUCUUCCUUCUGUUUUUUUUUUUAAAGGAAGAAAUAUCAGCCUGGAAAGCAGACUGGAAGGCACUCUGAUAUGUUGGACCACACUACACAUUCCACGGAAAUCACAUUGGUUUGUUCAAAUGUUUAAUGGUUAAAACUAUGCUACCUGGAGUCAAAGGAAAUGCGCAUUGGAGAUCCUAGAGGAUGCACGCUUUCUUGGCUUUGGCGUUAUUGUGGUUGCUACUUUCAUUAUACUCAAGUUUUCUUGUUACUUACUCUAACUAUUCUCUGUUCUCCCCUCAACGGUCUGUGCCCAACCUUGCUUCCCUGGCUGAUCUCAUCUUGUUUAAUAUAAGCAUGCAAGCUGCGGCUUCAAUGAAAAGCUGUCCCAGAAACUUGUGCAAUUUGGGAAGGCACUGAUGCAUAUUCCAUGUCAUGUUAUGCUUGUUUUGACUCAUGUGUUUCGCCGUAAAAGUGUGAUUUGUAUUUGAAGCCUUGUUCGCUACACUUUCAGUUUUGGUGUUUGGGAAAUAAAGCUUGUGUGUUUUAUGUAAACAUUGAUGCAUUUGAAGUGGUGCUUGUGUGCACGUCUACUGAAACAGCUUUAUCCUUGAAUUGGUACUCAUUUUAUUGCUUCUUGUGAUACAUGAAAAAUAUCAUUUCCAAUCA